AGGAAUACCUCCCGAUCAACAAAGAUUGAUCUUUGCUGGUAAACAAUUGGAAGACGGCCGGACUUUAUCUGACUAUAACAUUCAGAAGGAAAGUACUAUUCACUUAGUACUACGCUUACGAGGAGGAGGUAAAAAGAAGAAGAGAAAGGCUUAUACUACGCCUAAGAAGGUAAAGGAAGUGCGACCUAAGAUUAAGUUGGCUUGUUUAAGACAGUUUGAGGUGGAGAAGGAUGGCCGAGUGAAAGUAUUGAAGGAAUCUUGUGCUCAAUGUGGACCGGAGAUUUUCAUGGCUAAAUCACCCGAAGGGUACUUCUGUGCCAAGUGUUAUAACACGGUGCUACCUCAAGCAAUGAAGUAA